AUGAGCCAGGACGCGGAUCCCAGCGGCCCCGAGCAACCGGACAGAGAUGCCCGCAGCGUGCCGGGUGCUCCGGCGCCCCCCGUGCCCCCCGCGCCCCCAGGCCCGAGAGGGAUGCAGCCGCCGCCGCCGCCGCCCCCAGCCGGCCUACCGCAGAUCAUCCAAAAAUGCCAGUCUCUGUACUCAGGAAAAAUGCAUCAAAAGUUAAACUCGGUAGGGUACUUUGUUCUACUCAGAUCUGCCUUUAAACCUGACCUCCAACAUUAUGAAGCUAAAGGAGUAGACAAGUGGGAAAGCACCAGUGCUCCCAACAUACUGGGAUGUACCCUGAACCUGGACCCUUUCAGUUUGUCAGACAACGCUGCCGCCAAGCUCCUGGACAAGAACCCGUUCUCGGUCAGUAACGCGAACCCUCUGCUUCCUUCACCUGCCAGCCUCCAACUGGCUCAACUGCAAGCCCAGCUCACCCUCCACCGGCUGAAGCUGGCGCAGACAGCUGUCACCAACAACACCGCGGCCGCCUCAGUCCUGAACCAAGUCCUCUCCAAAGUGGCCAUGUCCCAGCCUCUCUUCAACCAGCUGAGGCAUCCGUCUGUGAUCAGCGCCCCCCACAGCCAAACUGGGGUGCCCCAACAUGCUGCAACCAUAUCCAGUGCCCGGUUUCCCUCUAAUGCAAUUGCCUUCUCGCCCCCCGGCCAGACACGAGGCCCAGGACCCUCCGUGAGCCUUCCCAGCCAGCCCCCCAACGCCGUGGUGAUGCAUCCUUUCAGUGGGGUCAUGCCUCAGACCCCUGCCCAGCCAGCAGUCAUCUUGGGCAUUGGCAAGACUGCACCUGCUCCCGCUGCAGCAGGAUUCUACGAGUAUGGCAAGGCCAACUCCAGCCAGGCGUACGGCUCUGAAACAGACAGCCAGCCCAGCUUCCUGCCAGUCGUGGCCUCUACCACGGGCAGUGUGACCUAUGAAGGGCCCUACAGCCACUCAGGGCAAGAUGGCCAACCUGCCUUUCCCAAGGACUUCUACGGACCCAACUCCCAAGGGUCGCAUGUGGCAGGUGGAUUCGCGGCUGAGCAGGCCGGGGGCAUGAAAGGCGAGGUAGGUCCGCUGCUGCAGGGUCCAAAUAGCCAGUGGGAGAGCCCCCACGGAUUCUCUGGCCAAAGCAAGCCCGAUCUUACGGCAGGCCCUAACCUGUGGCCUCCACCCCGCAGCCAGCCCUAUGAGCUGUAUGACCCCGAGGAGCCCACCCCAGACAGGACCCCUCCUUCCUUUGGGGGUCGGCUUAACAACAGCAAGCAGGGUUUCAGCGGGGCCCGGCAGCGGGCCAAGGAGGAGCAGGCUCUGCUGUCCGUGCGGCCCCUGCAGGCUCACGAGCUGAAUGACUUUCACGGUGUGGCCCCCCUGCACCUGCCACACAUCUGUAGCAUCUGCGACAAGAAGGCGUUUGAUUUGAAGGACUGGGAGCUGCAUGUGAAAGGAAAACUACAUGCUCAGAAAUGCCUGGUCUUCUCUGAAAAUGCUGGUAUCCGGUGCGUACUCGGUUCGGCGGAGGGAACGCUGUGUUCCUCUCCAAACAGCACAGCCGUUUAUAACCCUGCUGGGAACUCUGAAGAUUAUGCCUCAAAUCUUGGAUCAUCAUACGCGGCCAUUCCAGCAAGGUCAUUUGCUCAGUCAAAUCCCGCAUUUCCUUCGGCUUCCCCUGGGACAAAUUUUGCGCAGCGGAAAACGGGUGCCGGGCGCGUGGUGCACAUUUGCAAUCUCCCUGAAGGAAGCUGCACGGAGAAUGACGUCAUUAACCUGGGGCUGCCCUUUGGAAAGGUCACUAAUUACAUCCUCAUGAAGUCCACUAAUCAGGCCUUUUUAGAGAUGGCUUACACAGAAGCUGCCCAGGCCAUGGUCCAGUAUUACCAAGAAAAAUCUGCUGUGAUCAAUGGUGAGAAGUUGCUCAUUCGGAUGUCCAAGAGAUACAAGGAAUUACAGCUGAAGCCCCAUAGAAAUCCUUCUAAGCAGCACAUGACUGAAUUGGCCAUUGUCAGAAUGACUGUCAGGGAUGAAUUCAGGUAA